AGCGGGUCCGGAGCUGGUCGCCGGACCCAGAACUGGGGGGGUCUGUUCGGGGCGUGAGGGAGCUCCCUCGCCGGGCCGUUGGCGGCUUGAUGGAGUAAGAGGGGUCGUCUGUGGAUGUGUGAAGUUGAGUGCUUCGGAUCUGGUCACUAUGGUACGAGAACGAAAAUGCAUACUGUGCCACAUUGUGUACAGCUCCAAAAAGGAGAUGGACGAACACAUGCGGAGCAUGUUGCAUCACAGGGAACUUGAGAACCUGAAGGGCAGGGACAGCAGUCAUGAGUGCCGCGUGUGCGGGGUCACAGAAGUGGGUCUCUCCGCGUAUGCAAAGCACAUUUCUAGCCAGUUGCACAAAGAUAAGGUUGAUGCCCAGGAAAGAGAAGAUGAUGGAAAGGAAAAUGAAGAGGAAGAAGAGUAUUUUGACAAGGAACUUGUUCAGUUAAUAAAACAAAGGAAAGAACAAAGUCGACAAAAUGAACCUUCCAAGAGCAGCCAAGAAAUAAACUCUGAUGAUAGACGACCCCAAAGGAGACGAGAAGAUCGACUCCCUUACCAAGAUAGAGAGAGUUAUAGUCAAGCAGGCAGGCAUCACCGUGGACCUCCACAGUGGGAUUGGACAUGGAAGAAUGAUGGCUUUAACAGUAACAGGUUAAACAGUUUUUCUCACUUGAGGAACAGUGGAGCAAGAGGACGUUCUGGAUGGCAUAAGGAUGUUUCAGGAGUCUCCCUGAAUUGGUUUCACAGCCAUAGUAACCCUGGGAGUAGCUGGCAUCCAAAUAGUGGAUUAGUAGAUUGGAAUCAUAAUGGAUCAGGAAGGAAUUCCAGUUGGCAUUUUGAAGGAACAGGUGGUUUUUCCAGUUGGCAUAUGAACAGCAGUAAUGGAAACUGGAAAUCCAGUGUACGUAGCACAAAUAACUGGAAUUACAGUGGCUCUAGAGACAGAUUUCAACCAGGGUGGAACAGAAACUCUAACUCUCAAAAGGAAGAUAAGACCGUGCCAUGGAACAAGAAAUCUGGUAAGGCAAGCCUGUACGGUCAGGAGAGAUAUAAUUGGCAGUGGCAAGAAAGUGAUAAAGUGGGUACAGUUGUUGCAUAUGGAGGUUCUUCUGAAGGAUUUACAAGUGAUAAGUAUCCUUCAGAAAACUUACUUAACUUCAACUUCGAACAACUGGAAAGCCAAACCACUAAACAGACUGACACUGCAGCUUCCAAAACUGGUGGAAAGAAUAGUAAUGUAACAAGGGAAAAGCAGCAUCGCUGGACGCCAUAUCCCUCCCAGAAGACUCUGGAUCCACAGUCAGCUCUGAAAGAAGUCAGUGGUAACAAUUCAGAAAAGACAGAUAAACCUUUGUCUGAUAUUAGUUUAAUACCCACAGGAAUGCAAGACCCUCAAGCUGGUAAAAGUAAUUUCCUAAUGUCAGCACAAAAAGAAAUACCUACUGGGUCUCUUAGUCACAAAGCCACUUCUGACUGCACCGCUUCCUGUGAGGGGGUGAGAGAGUGUGCUGUUACAGAAAAACCUGAGUGUGAACACAACUCCAAUAAGAUGCCAGCAAUGAAGUCCCCGCCCCCUCUAAGGCCAGCCACUAAAUCAGUUCCUCAAAAGCAGGAUUCAAAGAAUCCCUCAAAGAACACCAAAAGAAAUUCUUUUUUGCCCAGAGAAUACUUGAAUCCCUUGAACAAACCUACUAAGGAAAAUAAUCAUGGUUCUUCCAGUUCCAAAUUGCGUGGUUCAUGUCCUCGUACUUCAAAGGGGAAUAAAAGUAAGUGUGGCCCUCCUAAGAAACCCCAUGACAGUUUGAAUGAUACAUUACGAAAAGCCAAAGAGGUGCUGCAGUGUCAGGAGUCACUGCAAACUCCACUGCUCAGCAGUUCUAAAAGGACCAAGAACUAUGCAAAAAUGAGCCGGAACGUAGAGGAGUCAGAAAGAGGGUCUCUGAAGAUCGAGCUCCAGGUGCGCGCAUUAGGAGACGAAAGUGAUGGGGAGACAUCCCACAAGGAAAAGCACAGAACAAAGCCUGGAUCCCUGGGUUCUUCCACGGCACAAGUUCUAUCCUGUAGCAGUCAGGCUUCUGAUGAGAAGGAGGGAGAAAACCAAGUCCUGAAGACCCCUAAAAAUCUGUCUGGUUCCCCACGUAGCUCCACACCCCUCCAGAAAGAGUCUGAGUUGCCAGUGACUUCCGCACCCAGCCCACACCAUAGCUUACUGUUAGACUUGAAAACCUCCCUAGAGGAUGCACAGGUUGAUGACUCCGUUAAAUGUCACAGAUCUGACGAAACAGAAGGCUUUGAGAUCGCCAGCUUGGACGGAGAGCUCCCAAAGGACGAUAGCGGUCAGCCCUCAGGCUCCCUUCUGCCUGAACUAAGCAAGCUUGGCUUUCCUGCCUCACUCCAGAGAGAUCUAACCCGGCACAUCAGUUUGAAGAGCAAAACCGGAACCCACCUCCCCGAGCCGAAUCUCAACAGUGCUCGCCGAAUUCGCAACAUUAGUGGUCAUCGAAAGAGUGAGACAGACAAGGAAUCUGGACUCAAGCCAACUCUACGGCAGAUCCUCAACGCGUCUCGGAGAAACGUCAACUGGGAGCAGGUCAUUCAGCAAGUAACCAAGAAAAAACAAGAGCUGGGCAAAGGCCUACCCAGGUUCGGUAUAGAAAUGGUACCCCUGGUUCAAAAUGAGCAGGAGACCUUAGAUUUGGAUGGGGAACCUGAUCUGUCUGAUCGAGAAGGAUUCCAUUGGGAAGGCAUUUCCAUCUCUUCCUCUCCUGGCUUGGCGAGGAAGCGAAGCCUUUCUGAGAGCAGUGUGAUUGUGGACAGGGCACCUUCCAUGUAUAGCUUCUUCACUGAGGAAACUGGGAGCAAAGAAAAUGAGCCCCAGCAGGUUGUGUCGCUGAAUAACUCACUGGCGGCUGCACAGAGUCCUAAAGGAAUGCUGCGCCUUAAACAGGAAGCGACGUCUCUGGGCACCACCCUGAGAGCAGAUGAACCCAGUGCACAAGUACCCUCUGACCGGAUAAUGCCCGCAGUGCACUCAGCUGAAGACUUGGGCAGCCAGGAAAGGUCUACACCACCAUGCGAGCGUCAGACUGCUCAGGAGAGUAAAAGAGAAAGAAACUCACCAUCGGAUGCAUCCUUAGCCCUGGCAAGCUCCAGCUUAGCGGAUGCAGCCACAGACAGCAGCUGUACCUCUGGUGCUGAACAAAACGAUUGCCCGAGUAUUAGGAAGAAACGAAGAGCCACCGGAGAUGGAUCUUCUCCUGAACUCCCAAGUCUUGAGAGAAAGAACAAAAGAAGAAAAAUUAAAGGAAAGAAAGAACGUUCUCAGGUUGACCAGCUGCUGAAUAUUUCUUUAAGGGAGGAAGAACUAAGUAAAUCACUACAGUGCAUGGAUAACAACCUUGUGCAAGCGCGGGCAGCACUUCAGACAGCUUACAUUGAAGUUCAGAGACUGCUUAUGCUCAAACAGCAGAUCACUGUGGAGAUGAGUGCACUGAGGACCCAAAGAAUACAGAUUCUACAGGGAUUGCAAGAAACAUAUGAACCCUCUGAGCACCCAGACCAGGUACCCUGCAGCCUCACACGAGAACAAAGGAACAGUAGGUCUCAGACAUCUGCUGACGCCACACUGCUGCCGACACCUUUUCACCCAGCGUUUCUGGAACCACCAUCGUCCCUCGCGUCUCCCUCAUCCACGGGAGCCCCUCUCCAAGUCAACACAUCCACCUUGCCAGCCCAUGGCAGUGUCCCUGCUCCAGACUCAUCAGUUCAUAUUAAACAAGAGCCCAUGUCUCCCGAACAAGAAGAGAAUCCGAAUGCUGUGUCACAAGGCUCUGCCUGCCAUGUGUCCAAGGGAUUACUGCAAGCUCAGAGAGAGAUGAGCGAUAGUUCUCCCGCUUACCCCGUCAUGACCGCAACGUUGCCCUUCUCAGGGCUAACAGAAAGUUUCCAUGAGCCUAGCCAAGAACUCAAGUUGUCUGUGGAGCAAGAAAGCAUCAGGGACAGAGAAAACUCUCCCUCCUCCCAAUCGUCUAGUCUUCCUAGUAUAAAUAAAGGACGUGAAGAACCAACCAAAGGCAACAUUGGGUCUGAAGCCUGUACCAGUUCUUUCCCAAGAUUAUCUUUUACUGCCGAAACCUCGUUGGAGAAGGAACCCCACUCCCCAGUUGACCAGCCUGAGCAGCAGGCUGAAUCCACCCUGACAUCAGCCGACACAAAGGUGAACAAGAAAAAGAAGAAACUUCGGAAGAAGAAAACUCUGCGUGCCACCCGUGUUCCUGAGAACAGUGACACCGAGCAGGAUGUGUUUACCGCGAAACCCGUGAGGAAGGUUAAAAGCGGGAAGUUAACCAAAGGAGGGAAAGUAACGACAUCCACUUGGGAAGACAGCAGAGCUGGUCUGGAGCAGGACAGUGUCCGAGAUGAGCCCGACAGUGACUCGUCCCUGGAAGUCCUGGAAAUUAAUAACCUUCCUCUGGAAGUGAUACCAAUCGAAUCCUCUGAGUCUGGAGAGGAGAAACCAGACAGCCCAUCCAAAAAGGAUACCUGGAACACUACAGAGCCAAACUCGCUGGAAACUUCUCGUUCUGGAUGUGAUGAAGUUAGCUCUACCAGUGAGAUUGUCACUCGCCAUAAAGAUGGCAUCCACGUAAGUGUGGCAGAAACUCAAACAGUAAUCACUUCUAUAAAAGUAUCUAAGAACUCUUCAGAAAUAUCCUCAGAGCCAGGAGAUGAUGAUGAGCCCACAGAAGGGAGCUUUGAAGGGCACCAGGCUGCUGUGAAUGCAAUCCAGAUAUUUGGGAACUUACUGUAUACUUGCUCAGCGGAUAAAACUGUCCGUGUGUAUAAUCUGGUGAGUCGGAAAUGUAUCGGCAUCUUUGAAGGCCAUAGCUCCAAAGUGAACUGCCUGCUGGUGACCCAGACAUCUGAGAAGAACGCCGCCCUCUACACUGGUUCCAGUGACCACACCAUUCGCUGCUAUCAUGUUAAGACCCGAGAGUGUCUGGAGCAGUUAGAGCUGGAAGACCGGGUUCUCUGCCUCCACAGUAGAUGGCGAAUCCUCUAUGCCGGACUGGCCAAUGGCACUGUGGUCACCUUCAACAUAAAGAACAACAAACGCAUGGAGAUCUUUGAGUGUCAUGGCCCUCGAGCAGUCAGCUGUCUUGCCACAGCUCAGGAAGGUGCCCGAAAGCUGCUGGUUGUGGGCUCUUACGACUGUACCAUUAGUGUACGUGACGCCCGGAACGGCCUGCUCCUCAGAACUCUGGAGGGCCACAGCAAAACCAUCCUUUGCAUGAAGGUGGUGAAUGACCUGGUGUUCAGUGGUUCGAGUGAUCAGUCAGUUCACGCUCACAAUAUUCAUACUGGUGAGCUUGUGCGGAUCUAUAAAGGUCACAAUCAUGCAGUGACAGUGGUGAACAUCCUGGGGAAAGUGAUGGUGACUGCCUGCCUGGAUAAAUUUGUUCGAGUCUAUGAGUUACAGUCUCAUGAUCGCUUGCAAGUUUAUGGAGGACACAAAGACAUGAUUAUGUGCAUGACCAUCCAUAAGAGUGUGAUUUACACUGGCUGUUACGAUGGCAGCAUUCAGGCUGUGAGACUGAAUCUGAUGCAGAAUUACCGCUGUUGGUGGCAUGGUUGCUCUCUGAUAUUUGGAGUAAUAGAUCAUUUAAAGCAACACCUGUUGACCGACCACACUAAUCCAAACUUUCAAACUCUAAAAUGCCGGUGGAAGAACUGCGAUGCUUUUUUCACCGCCAGGAAAGGAUCCAAGCAGGAUGCUGCAGGACACAUUGAACGACAUGCUGAAGAUGACAGCAAAAUCCAUCCGUGAAGCUUUUUGCCUCCCAUGUUGGGAAGUCAUUUGUGGGACUAUUUCCAGCUCAGCCCCUUUCACAUGCCACUUUUCCCUUCUUGCUUGUAGUUAGGAAGGGGAAAGUGGCGACCAGCCAGGCUUACCACUGACGUGAGUCUGGGAAGCUCUAUGGAAUGACAGGUUACCCUUUAUGUUCUGGCUGCAGAUUUUAAACAGAUUUAAGUGUAUUUUAAGGAAUCACACUCCUCCAGGGUGGCGUGAAUAUUGUAAUUUAUGCUGCCAGGAAUCUCCAGUUGUUUAUUAAAAGUUCAGAUCUUUAUUGGUUACCCAGUUUGACCGUAAUCAUACCUACAUUUUGUUGAUUUAAGUUUGUGAUUUUUAGCUAUGUUCUUAUGGUUUAAAUUUGUAGUUAGGCUUUUAAGUAAAAUUUUGUCCAAAUGUUAGAUUUUCAGGAUCGGUUUCAAUGACUCAGAAAAACUGAGCAUUUAAAUUGGAAGCAAGUAGUUUCCUUCCCUACAAUUAUGUGCAGUGUGUUUUCUUGCUUUGUAAAUGAACGAGCUGUCUAAAACGCUAGAAGAUACACUUUGACAGAUCCUUAGAGUGAGUGAGUGCUGGCUGUUACAGGAAUUCAGGGAGCAGCUCCCGGAGCAGCAGGUCUUCGGAGACAGCCCAACUCCAUGGACUCUCAGCGCCCUGGGGGGCCGCACGAAGACCUGGCCCAGGCAGCCACAGUCCUGCUGUGCUCUGACCUAGAGGGAACCUCUGUUUCCCUCUGUAGUUCCUGACUCCUGGAGCCUAGUGUGGGCCUGAUGCGGGUUUGAAACCUUUGGGGUUGCUUGUCACCCUGUUUCUCCCCCUGUCUUGCCCUGCCUAGACUGAUGAGACCCUCUGGUACUCCUAGAUACCAGUAAGGGGUCCACCUGUGGCACCCAAAAGUGGGGAGGGGAGUGGUUGGAUGCCUGAGUAUAAUUUUUAGGGCCUCAAGCAUGCUUUCUGGACUUAUUUUUGAAGUCCGUGUCUUGGCCCAUACUUGCCUGCAAAUUGGGUAAUAAGAAUGGAGUGGAGUGAAGGGAAUAUUUUCCUUGUUUUCAAGAAAAACACCAAAUCCUAAUGGGACUGCUGUGUUUGGGGAUUUUUUUUUUCCUGGACUCUUACCAGUCAAGCAGUGCAGGCAUUACUUUGCAGCCUUUGGUUUCCAGAUCUGCCAAACUGCAAUUCUUUUCCAGAGACAUAGAGAAACUCAGGGGAGGCAGCCCUGUGGCUCAUCCCAGGCUUAAAGGAUAUGAGGGCUCCCAUUUCCUGGUGGCAUACCAUCCGGUGAGCCCCACCUUUUACACCCCUCAGUGCCCCCCUCCCUGACUUCUCACAGGUGCUGGGGUAGAAGCCUUCACCAGGGAUUCAGGAGCAGGCCUCAGGAAGGUCCAGGAACCCCUGAAACUUCCUACAGGACUAAGUGUGUUCUCUCCAGCCAAGCUCCUGUGUCUCCUGCUACAUUCAAAGUAGGUGCAGACUAACUCAGGAGCUGCUGCUGGGUGACAGAUGGCCCCGCGUGAGCCACUCUGCUGAGAUCUACGGGAUGUGGAAGGAAGACCAGGACCUUGCUGCUGGAAGUGUGUCUGUGCCGGUUCUGAAUGGGAUUUAGUAGCUUUCCACACCUCUCUCACCUCCAUUUCCUAUGACCACAGAAGCCAAGUUGGUGAAGUUGGGAGUGGUGACUUCUUGGGUAAUAUGUGUGAAUUUAUUGCCAAGUCUGGCCCUUGGGGUUGCAGGAAACUACAUUUGCACAUGGGUGGGUGUUGUGCCAGAAGGGCCUGGAGUGUCCUGCGUGGAGGGGCCCUGCUGUGCUGCCGAGUGCCUCUGGUGCCAUGUGAAUGCUCGGGCCUUUGGGAGUGGUGAGGUGAGGUGGUAGGCAGUCACAGGGGCAUUCUUGAGGAAUUUAGAAACUGACAGGGUGAAAACAGUGUAGCUUUGGGAAUCCUGUGUGUGUAAUUUCACCGGAGUUUUCUUUGAAAAAGUAGCAGUAAUGUCUGUUUUAAGAACCAGUGAAAAUGUUCUCAGCAUCAGGUUCCUGUGUCACACCAAGUAAACCACUCUUAUCGUACCUGGAGAAGCAGAGGGACUGUAAGCGCCUUGGCUGCUCCUGGUUAUUAUCUGUGAGCUUCUUGAAAAUUUUGCAGAACAUGGCUGCCAAUUUAAUCCUCCACAUGCAAAGCUGCUGACAGCCCUGUUUCCCUCAGAGGAGAGCCAGGCCUAGGGUUCUGCACCCGCGCUGGUAUUUAAAGCAGCUUAAAGGAGGAAAGCAUCUGUCAUAUAACACAUUUCUUUAACAACUGUCUGUGCCUACCCAAGGGGUCAAAGCCAAGAAAUUCACAGAAUCUGUAAUCUCAUUCUGUGUGCAUAUGCUCAUAUGUUAAUGGCAGUUCUGAUAAAUUAUGUCACUUCAAGUUUUGCAAACAUUUUUAAUUACUUUCAAAAUAUCCUUUUGGAUACUCCUACUCAGUUACAAAACAAAAACCACAAUUCAAACAAAGAAUGAUUACCGUGACCUGAUAUUACCUGAAGGUGAGAAAAAGUCAUUACUUCCUACCAUGCUUCUGCUUUGGUGGGUAAAACUGUUUUCCUCUCUCAGAGAAGUGAGCAAUUGAGUAUCUAGCUCCUGAUCUACCUGUAGUUUAUAGGCAAUGUUAUUACUGUUCAGGUACUUAUUUGCCUAACGGGUUUUGUUCUGGGUUUUUUUUUUCAUGGUAGAUGAUGCAGUGGACGAUGUUAGUGACUGGGUAUGUGGAUGGCUUGGUGGAAGAAGGGGUACAUGUAGUGGAAUGGCCCGGCAUUCUUUGGAGGAGAGAAUGAGCUACGUUUGAACAGUACGCACUCUGGUUUGGUCAGAUAACUGUAGUUUAUAUAUACUUAGGAGUUUUAUAUUUUGUUCCUGUUACGAAGGCCUUGCCUGCCACGUCUGUAAAGUGGUAGCUUCGUCCCUGCCCCAAUCUUUAGGCUCUGCAGGGUGUGUGAGAGGUGGGUAGAGAAGCUGUGGGGAGGUGGUUUCGACAGUCGCCGCCGAUCUCCAUGUUCAAGUGGAUGGGAAAUCCUCCGGUAACCCAAACCGCCUACAGCCUCUCACCUGCAGGCCCCAGAGUGUGGCCCUACUGGGUAACAGGGUACCUGCAGUGCCCCCAGUUUUCUCUGAAUUCACAGCCAUAAGGAAGGCAGAGGUCAGGAGGAAGGGCUGUUGAAGAUCUUUUGUCCUAGAGCUGCUCCAGCAUCUUUGGUUUCUGAUUUUUUUUAAUAUUGAAUAUGGAUGAGAAGAACAGAACCAGGCGACUUUAAAAAUGUUUAUAAGCAAAUAGCCUACCCUUCUUACCUUUUGGUAUAAAGCUGUGAAAUUCAUAACUUUGUAAAGGGAGAUAUAAAGCAAAUGCAAGAGAAAUAAAGUACUUUUAUUAAUUGA